UUAAGAGGCGGUACAUGUACACCACAAUGACAUCGUACACCUUGGAACCUCUUCAUUCCCGCCAAGACUUGAUUGAAGACACUGUGAGACUCCUCAAAGAAGAGUGGCCAAUGUGCUUGGCAGAAAGACUGCAAGUGGUUGAAACGCCAAAAUGUACAGGUCUGCCCUGCUCACUGGUAUUGAUAGAAACACGAGAGGGCGCUAAAAGCGAAGUGCUGGGCCACGUGAGAAUCGUACAAGUCCAUCCACAAUGUGAGCAGCGUGUGUAUAUUGAGUCAGUGGCAAUCAAGAGGAGUAGACGGAAUCAAGGACUUGGCAGGAAGCUCCACGAACUGAUCGAAGACUACGCUAAGAACUGCCUUGGAAGUCGGUACCUCCAUGUCAGCGUCCGUUCUGAAAGCAACGAGGAGUAUUAUCGAUGUCUUGGGUUUGAAGAAUGCAAACAAGUGACCGUCAUUGCUCCUAAUGUUUUGCGUACGUUUCCCCACGCGAGGUGGAGCUGUCAGAUGAUUCCUGAUGAGUGGAAAUUCCUGUACGAAGGAGGCGAGAUCGUCACUAAAGAAGAGGAAGACAAAGAAUGGAUUCGCAGAUACGUGAAAGAUUUGUACAAAGCGUGAAGGACAGCCAUAUACUUUCUGGACUGGAGAAUAGUGCCAGCGCAUUGAAGCAGCCUGGCCACGAAUUAUGUUUUCCCAAAACGAGAUCCGACUUUAUCAAAAGAGGGCGCUCUCUCUGCGUUAUGCAUAUUCACGAUGUCCAGGAUUUAUAGAAUACAACAAUGAAUAAUGCCGAUGAUAUGCAGCUCAUUUGUGGGCUGGUUGGAAGUAGUCCUGUCGUCUAGUUCAAACCCCAGUGAGCGUUUUUCACUUCUCAUUAAUACCUAACAAAUAACUAACGUAAGGAAGGAACAUUUCUCACAAGACGUAAAGCCUAUCUUUGGUUUGUGUUGUGGAGAACAUAACAAGGUAUCAUAGAUAUGCAUGUAAUGGACCAUUCAGAAGAUGGGAAACGGAUGUCGUUUGGGAAAAAUCACAGCCUGGCCACCAGGGCCACGCAGCCAAAGGGGAUCAACGUGCAGCAAAAUUAAAUAUUUAAUAACCCCCCCCCCCAAAAAAAAGGAUUCAUUAGUUUUCCGACCUAAAGGAAUCCAACAGUAUUAGCGUGUGGCCUUGUCUUAAGCGGGUUUUUUGUAUCAAUCCAUUUAUGUUUGUCAUUUAGACGCUAAUUGCUGAUGAUUAAUAUUUGUACGUCCUCAUUGUGCCGAUUGACUGCUUUUUUGUGUGUAGGAAUACAAAAUCUAACUUGUAUUUAACAUGUACAUGUACCUAUGCAAAACGCAGUGUCAAUCUAUUUGGUCUUUAAUUUUUUACGCUAGCGAUUUGGGCGCAGAAUUCGGCAGCGCAAUUGGCAACGGCAUGAAACAAGCAAAAUGCAUCUGCGUUAGUAUCAGAUGACUUUCUAAGACGGACUUAAGUAUCUCGACUCAGUAUCAAUAAUUUAGUGACGGGGAGCUUCUUUUUUUCAUCGAAAUAGAUAUAAUGCCACUCCCUUUUAGACUUCCAACAACACCACGGUAAUAAAUACUUUAUUAUACAAGAUAGUCUUA